AUGAACGACGUUAAGCUGGCCGUGCUGGGCAGUGAGGGGGCCGGGAAAUCAGCUCUCAUCGUUCGCUUCCUGACCAGCCGAUACAUCGGUGAAUACGCCUCAAGCUCAGGCCUAGGAUCUGAUGGUCUCAUCUCUUUUACAGAGUGUAUAUAUACAAAGCAGAUGACUAUGGAUGGAAGAGUAACCAAUCUGGAGAUCUAUGACCCCUGUUCUCAGCCACAUAAGAAAGUGCCCCUGAGCGAGGAGCUGAGCCGAGCAGAUGGGUUCCUGGUCGUGUAUGACAUCAGUCACAGGCCGUCCUUCAUAUUUGCCAAGACAUUGAUCUACAGCCUGCGGGGAGGCGCAUUUCCUUCCUGUUUCAGAGAUAUUGAGGCCGUUGUGUUCCUGAUUGGUAACAAGCAGGACCUGUGUCACAUCAGGGAGGUGCCCUGGGAAGAAGGACAGAAGGUGGCACUAGAGCACAGAUGCCAGUUUUACGAGAUGUCCGCAGCAGAACAAUGCCAAGAAAUUGUCGCCAUGUUUACAACCAUCAUUAGAAACAUUGUCUUAAACAUCAACAUCAAGAUCAAAGAGAAGAGGAGGCCGAGCGGAUCAAUGGCGAAACUGAUCAACAACGUGUUUGGGAAGAGACGCAAAUCUGUGUGACUGACGCGUUUCUCCAGACAGUGUGGGCUGGAUAAGAAGAGCACUUGUUUGCAAUAUAAGGAACGUAGACAUUUCUAUAGACUUAUCCCAUGACCAUGUAAUUAAUAUGUACAGUACAUUUGUGUAAAUAUU